GGUUCAGCAGUUCGCAUCUGAUACUCAGCGUGACAAUAUGAAGUGGUUCAGCCUGUUCCUGGUUUUCGGCAUCCUCGCCCUCAUCGGCAGCCUGGGCACCCUGACCGCCGCCGAACCGAAUCCAAAUCCCAAUCCGGAGCCCAAGGGUCGUCCGUACACCACGCGACGACCGCGCAACGACAACGAUGACGAUCGACGCUAGCAAUCCGAGCGGAUGGAGGAGAUGGAGUCCGCGACCAAGCCUCCCCGACGCUGCACCGAACCACAAAGGACACAGGAGGCACAUCAACUCUCGGUGAAGGUGAAAUGUUUUGGAGUUGAGAGAAUGCAAUACGUUGAGAUCCUACUCAUCUAGUGGGUGGACCUCCCCCCAGGACACAAUAAAUGCAGUUCCGUUCACAACAGA